AUGAUGACAUUGCCAAUCCCAAGGGUAGAAGAGCCAGACCAAAUACUCAUCAAAGUACAUGCUGCAUCAAUCAAUCCUGUUGAUGUCCAGGUGGCCUCUGGCAUGGCCAAAAAAUUCUGGCCUCAACCGUUUCCGUACAAGAUCGGAUACGACCUUUCCGGCACUGUUGUUGCAGUUGGCUCAGCUGUCGCCCAUACGAACCCAGACCUUGCACCUGGCGCCGAAGUAUAUACACGUCUUCCAGAAUCUUGUCGAGGAUCUGUGUCAGACUAUGCGAUCUCGACUGUAUCUACCACGGCAAAGAAACCUCAAUCAAUCUCUCACUCUGAAGCUGCAUCUUUCCCGCUGGUCUCGCUGACUACUCUCCAAACAUUUGAUCUGGCGGCGUCUCAUUUCAAGGACAAGGGUGGACUGGCUGAAAAGACACUUCUGAUUCCUGGGGGUCUUUCAGGUACAGGAAGCAUAGCAGUCCAAUUAGCCAAGCGUGUAUUCAAUGCAGGACGCGUGAUUACGACACUGUCGACUUCCAAAAUUGCGCAGCUUGAUACCUACCUAGACAAAGACCUCGUCGAUAAGAUAGUCGACUAUACCAAAGAGGAUCCACUAAAGGUUAUCCCUCCCGGCUCGAUUGAUUUCAUGUACGACACCAUGGGUCACGGCGUGUCACUCCUCCCCCUGAUGAAGAAAGGAGGCAUCAUCGUGACCAUCAGUAGUCUACCGUUUGGUCCAAAAUUGAAGACAGGAAUGCCAGAAAUGCCAUCAGCAAUGCGAUGGAUACUGAACACCAUUGGCGGCAUCAAUCAAUUCCGAGCACAAAGAUAUGGGGUGACUUAUCUACAUCUCUUCAUAGAGCCUAGCGCAGAAGACCUGAAGAGGUUGGCUACUUGGAUUGACAAGGGUAAAGUCAAGCCGGUUGUUGGUGUGAAGGCUACUUUCGAUGAUCUGGAAAAGAUUCGUGAGGAGUGUCAGCGGAUUUAUUCAAAGAAAGGAAUCAUCGGAAAGUUUGUUAUUGAUAUUUCUUGA